AGCAAAGGUGGGGGAGAAGAUGGGGGAAAGAAGGGGACAACAGCAAGUCACGAAGGAGACAAAAAGAGCCUAAGCGGAGGAGGAAGCCAUGAGAAAAAGAGCCCUCACCACGCUCAGAGUGAAGGACACCAUGCCAAUGGCAAAGGCCAUGAAAAAAAGAGCCCUCAUGGAGGGCAUGAUAAUGGGCAUUAUACCACUGGAAGAGGUCACCACAAGGGCAAAAGGGUCAGUGAUACCCAGAGUAUCACAACAAAGACAUACUCGCCCUUCCUAAAUGCCCUCUUCAGCAAGGAGAGAGAUUUGUCUCCAGAGGAGAUGGAUGAAUUAUAUGCUGCCUUUUUGGAAUUUGAUGCAGACCAAGAUGGCUUUAUCGGUUAUAAAGAGUUGGGUGAAUGUAUGAGGACGAUGGGUUACAUGCCAACUGAGAUGGAACUAAUUGAGAUUUCCCAGCACAUAAAGAUGAGAAUGGGAGGUCGUGUUGACUUUGAGGAUUUUGUAGAGCUCAUUGGUCCAAAGAUGCUAGCAGAAACAGAAAACAUGGUGGGUGUGAGAGAACUGAAGAUUGCCUUCAAAGAAUUUGAUAUGAAUGGAGAUGGCCAUAUCAGUGGACUAGAACUCAGUGAUGCUGCACAGAGUUUCUUAGGAGAACAGCUUAAUCCCAGUGAAGUUCAGGAGAUCAUCCAUGAUGUAGACCUCAACGGAGAUGGCAGAGUUGACUUUGACGAGUUCGUUAUGAUGCUUUCGUCAAGAUAA